AACAGUGGAAAUAAUUUGCGGCCGUGUACGGUGUAUUCGAUAAUAACUCUUCUCUUCGCCAUACCCAAACACUUGUUCCCAGGGAUCUCCCUAAACUCACUCUCAAACCCAUUAACCGCUUUUCUUCUCUACAAUGGCCAGGGACAGUUGUAUGACUCGUGUGGCCGCCGGAGUCGCAGUCGGUGGUGCUGUUGGCGGCGCUGUUGGCGCUGUAUAUGGAACAUACGAGGCUAUUAGGUAUAAGGUCCCGGGACUACUGAAGAUUAGGUAUAUUGGACAAACAACACUUGGUAGUGCAGCUAUUUUUGGUCUGUUUUUGGGUGCUGGGAGCUUAAUACACUGUGGGAAGUCCUAUUAAGCUAUUCGUUUUCCUUUCAUUUUGGUAUACCAAAAAUAUAUCAAUGUUCUGUUAAAAAAUUUCUGGUUUCUACUUUCAAUAUCACAUCUCAAAUACACAGAUGUUGAAUCAGGGUGAAUUAUCAGUUCUGUGUAAUCUGUUGUUUUUUUAUGGGUGCUUGCGUAAUUUGAUAGCCA